AUGGAGCAACCCGACCAAGAGGAGGACCAAACAGCGCCGAACUAUGCGCCCACUAUAAAAAAUAGGGUCAUCAUCGCGAUCAGUGUUGGCAUCUGCACCCUCAGUUGCGGUCGAUUCGGGGGUGGGAGAAGGGGAACCGUGCUUGAGGGACGAAGAGGGGAAAUGAAGUUUGGUUUCAGCGGGGCUAGCAGGAGAGAAGAAAACCCUAAAGAAAAGGGUGAAAAGAUUGGGUCGAUAUAUGCUGAGGGUUAUAUGACAGCCCGACCCGACUUCCUGACCCAACCGGACUAUUGGGCAGAGAGCUGUGACAAAAAAUCAAAUAUAGGAUUUUGCACCUUUUUAGGAGGAAACUUGGUAACAUGGAAAAGCAGGAAACAAAGUGUAGUUGCAAGAUCAAGUGCAAAAGCUGAAUAUCGAGCCAUGACAUCUAUGGCCGGUGAACUCAUUUGGAUCAAACAAGUUCUCCAAGACAUGAAAAUCGAAUGUAACGGAUCUAUGAAAAUAUACUGUGACCACCAAGCUGCUCGUCACAUCACAUCAAACCCAGUGUUCCACGAAUGA